ACCCUUGCCAGUUGCUCCAGCACUGGAGGUGGACAGCUGGUGGCCAAGCCAUUAGCUGGCUGCCCGGAGCAGGAGCACUUACCUCUCCGGGCAGCAGAGUUUCCCAGCAGUUGUGCGGCUUCCAGGCUUCGUAGCCUCCCCACAACAACAGCGGAUUCUCUAGAUCCAGACAGCAAAGCAACCAAGGCCCAAGAGGCAGGAAUCGUGCAGCUCUUCAGGGACCAUGGCUCUCAAGCGUAUCCAAAAGGAGCUCUUGGACCUGGCUCGCGACCCUCCAGCCCAGUGCUCUGCAGGCCCUGUGGGGGAAGACCCAUUCCAUUGGCAAGCAACCAUAAUGGGGCCUGAUGACAGCCCCUACCACGGAGGGGUCUUUUUCCUGGCCAUCCAUUUCCCAUCGGAUUACCCAUUCAGACCACCCAAGAUCACAUUCAUCACACGAAUUUACCAUCCGAAUAUCAACCGGAAGGGAAGCAUCUGUCUUGACAUCCUGAGAUCUGAGUGGUCACCAGCACUGACAAUUUCUAAAGUUCUCCUGUCUAUCUGCUCCCUCUUGUGUGACCCGAACCCGGAUGAUCCAUUGGUUCCUGAAAUUGCAAAAGUCUACCGAAAGAACAAGAAAAAAUAUGAUAGACUGGCUAGAGAGUGGACCGAGAAAUUCGCUAUGUGAUUUCAACAUGUAAUCCCAUGGCCGCAGUAGUAAAAGCAAUGCUG